AUGGCUGAUAAAUUAACGCAAUUGCAAGAUGCUGUUGAUCAGCUCGCAAACCAGUUCGUCGCCUCACUUUACUACGUCCACAAACACCACGACCUGAAGACCCUGGGCGCGAGUGACAAGAUCCGAGAAGAGAAGAAGGAUGAAGCCGCGCAGCGAGAGCCAGAUAUCGAGCCCGUCUCCGCCGAUGAAUUCAAAGCCGGGCAGAAGGAACUUGCGCAGGACCUGAUAAUGAAGGAGCAGCAGAUCGAAUUGUUGAUAUCCGUGCUACCUGGGCUGGACAAUAGCGAAAAUGACCAGGAACGUAUGAUUAGGCAGUUGGAGGAUGAGCUCAAGGCUGCGGAGGAGAAGAGGAGGGAGGCUGUGAAGGAAAAAGAGGAGGUUUUGGCGAGGUUGGAGGGGGUGAUACGGAGUGUGAAGAGGCCUUGA